AUGGAUAAUAUCCUACCUGAGGAAGCUCCAGUAUUGUUUCUUAUUAAUGGUGGUAUGGGGUUGACAAAGCCACCAAAGGUUGAGCAAUGGGAUGGGUUAAUUGAGAUUUGUUUGAUGGAUAAUGACAUAUCUAAAUUGCCCAUUAGUCCGAGUUGCCCCAAACUCCAAAAAUUGUUUCUUGGAAGAAACUACAAGCUAAGAAUCAUACCACCUCCAUUUUUUGAUCAUAUGCCAGCGCUCCAGGUUCUAAACUUGUCAAGAACUUCUAUCAAAUCUUUGCCUGAGUCUCUUUUCAAAUUGUUCAACCUUAGAAGGCUCUUUCUGAAUCAUUGUGCUCUUAUCACAACCUUGUCACCCAAAAUUGGAGAACUCGAGCAGCUUGAAGUACUUGAUCUUGAAGGGACAGAGAUCAUGUAUUUGCCCAAGGAAGUUGGAAAAUUGACAAAUCUCACGUGCUUGGAAGUGUCAUUUUUUGAACCUACAAGUCGAAGGAGAUUAGAGCAAUCACAUGAAAUAAUUCCUUGUGGGACUAUUUCAGCUUUAUCUCUAUUAGAAGAAUUAAAUAUUGAUGUGCGUUCUAAUGACAAUCUGUGGAAUGCAUCUGCAGGAGAAGUUGCUUCUGAGAUUUGUAGAUUGCAGAGGUUGCAUACGCUUAAAUUCCACUUUCCCAGGGUGGAACUUCUGAGCUAUUUCAAUUGGGAUGGAGAAAAAAUGUCUCCAUCAUUGUCAUAUUUUAGAUUCACUGUUGGUCAUCUUGUUGAACGUAUCAUAUCUCGACUCUCAUGUGAUGCUGAAUUGGAGCUUGAACGAUAUGAUAGGUACCUGAAGUAUGUAAAUGGUGAAGAUAUUCCUGGAGAGAUUAAGAAGGUGCUCAGACAUUCAACUGCAUUUUUCUUGGAUCGCCACUGGACUAUUAGAAAGUUAUCUGAUUUUGGCUACAGAAACAUGCUGCAAUUAAAAUGUCUAGUAGCUGGGGAAUGCAACAAUCUUCAAGCAAUUAUUGAUGGAGAUCAAAUUGAGUCACCAUCUAGUGAUGCAACUGUUGGUCUUGUUUCACUAGAAUACAUGCACAUAUAUUGCAUGAAGAAUCUGAGGAGCAUAUGGGAAGGUGCUGUGAAUAACUCUAGCUUUUAUUCAUUGAAGUACUUGACCUUCAGCACAUGUCCAGAGCUUACCAACAUCUUCACACCAGGGCUGCUUGCAAAUUUCUCUAACCUUGAAGAGCUCAUAAUUGAUUCUUGUCCCAAAAUCACAUGCUUAGUGAGUUGCGACAGAUGUGAUGAUAAGAUCACUUUCAUUCUCCCAGCCCUGAAGAGGAUAUCACUUCAUUUCUUACCAAAAUUGGCUAGCAUCUCCAAUGGUUGGCUCAUUUCACCGAGGCUAGAAUUGAUGAGCUUUCAGGAUUGCAAGAAUCUCAAGAGUCUCCCAAUAAGCAAAGCUUUCAAUGAGAAUCUGAGAAAGAUCGAGGGCGAGCAUGGUUGGUGGCAAGAAUUGAAGUGGGAAGAUACUCAUCAAGAUUCUUGGGAUGACAUUUUUGUUCCAAUUGAUUAA